AUGGAGCCCAGAGCGCGUAUUGGGAAGAACAGAGGCCAGCAAAAUUUUGCUGACCAAGACCUCCAACACUUCCUCUUCGCUCACGGAGACGUCCCCAAUUCCCUUGAAUCAACCAAGCGCGUCCUCGACGAACUUCUUACAGACUUCAUCACCGAACUCUGCUUCGAAGCCCAUCGAUCCGCUCAAUUGUCAGGAAGACAAAAGAUCAAGCCCGACGACAUUAAAUUCGCUUGUCGAAAAAACCCGGAAUAUUUGGGCAAAAUUAACGAGACUUUCAACAAGAAGACGGCAAUAGAGGAAGCUCGGAAAUUGCUCGAUCAAAACGAUGACAAAAUCACGAAAUCAAAUGUGAAGGCACUAGAAGAGGAACCACUGGGAGACGCCGACGAUGACAUGGAUCUUGAUUCUCGCACAGUCGGUGGUAGAAGUAAUGUUACUGGUGCCGGGAGAUGA